AGGGACGAUGAAUAAUGCGACGGUCUUGGAGGCAGCGAGGGCGAAGAGAUGGAUGGAUGCUAGCUGGAGGAGUUUAUUAUUUAAUAUUUAAGUUUGAAUUGUUAUAUUCUUAAGGGCAAGAACCCAAAGUUGUAUUUUGAUUAAGUACUUAAAGGCUUCCGCACCGUUUUGAUUUACUCUGAUGGAUAUUUAAAUAUUGUUUUGAAUUAAAUAUUUUUAAAUUGUUUUGAAAAUUAUUGUGUCUGAAUACAAAUUUAGUAGCAACCCGAUCCGCUGGUCCUUGUAUUCAGGAAAAACUAGAAAAUAGGAUCACCGUCAGGCAGAGAGAGCCACCGCCAGCCAGGCCGCCACUGUCAUUGAUAAAGAGAAAAUGAGAAGACAGAGCCACUGGGCAUUGAUCUUUCCGUCCAUUUCGCGUCUGCAAACAUAGAGCCCAGAUGCAAAAGAUGUGAUUUUUACCCCUCCCAUUCGGUCACUAAACCCCCAAGAAUAAAAGGCUAGCCCCCCAUUCUCGUUUUUCGCCGACAACCCGUUCAGAACCGCUAGCGACUCGUCCAAGAUUCACCCUUUCCCGGCAUUGUCAGGAUUCUUUGUUUCUUUACGAAUCAUGGGCUGUCAAUGUGUCAAUUUCUUGAUGCAGAAACACCCCUUUUCCUCGCAACCCAUGUCGGUACGAUUCCCCGGCGGCUAUCUCGCCCGAAGUUUCAGCUCAGAAACGGUGAAGUUUCGCCGACUUGUCGCCCCCAAGCUCAUUUUGAACGCAUCCGGCUCGGAUCCGGCACCUGCAUCUGCCUCUCGUCCUGCUCCCGUCAGGAAUGCCCAGACCAGCUUUGGUUACAAAGGCUGCAAGCUAGUUGGAUGUGGCUCUGCGCUCCCAAGUUUGAGUAUAUCCAAUGACGAUCUUGCGAAAAUAGUUGAUACUAAUGAUGAAUGGAUUUCAGUCCGGACGGGAAUCCGCAGUAGAAGAGUGAUUUCUGGUAAGGACAAUUUGACUGCACUAGCUGUGGAGGCUUCAAAGAAAGCUCUUGAGAUGGCUGAGGUCGAUCCAGAUGAUGUGGAUUUAAUUUUAUUGUGCACUUCGACACCCGAUGAUCUCUUUGGCAGUGCACCACAGAUUCAAAAAGCAUUGGGUUGCAGAAGAAACCCGCUGGCUUUUGAUAUUACUGCUGCUUGUAGUGGGUUCAUGCUGGGAUUGACAUCUGCUGCUUGCUACAUUAGAGGUGGUGGUUUUAACAAUGUCCUUGUAAUUGGGGCGGAUGCGCUCUCUCGAUAUGUUGACUGGACAGAUAGAGGGACUUGUAUCCUCUUUGGUGACGGUGCUGGCGCUGUACUUGUCCAGGCAUGUGACAUUGCAGAAGAUGGUCUUUUUGCUUUUGACUUGCAUAGUGACGGUGAAGGUCAAAGGCACUUAAAUGCUUCUAUAAGUGAGAACGGAAGUGAUGAACAUCUGGGCACAAGCGGUUCGCUAAUUGGGUUUCCACCCAAACCUGCCAACUUCUCAUGUGUUCAAAUGAAUGGUAAGGAGGUCUUCAGGUUCGCUGUUCGAGUUGUGCCUCAGUCCAUUGAAAUUUCUUUAAAGAAAGCCGGCAUCACUAACUCCAGCAUUGAUUGGUUACUUCUACAUCAGGCAAACCAGAGGAUAAUUGACGCAGUGGCAACACGAUUGGAUAUCCCAUCUGAACGUGUGAUAUCAAAUCUGUCAAACUAUGGGAACACAAGCGCGGCUUCCAUUCCAUUGGCUUUGGACGAAGCUGUGCGAAGCGGGAAAGUUCAGUGGGGCCAUACAAUCGCUGCUGCUGGGUUCGGCGCAGGCCUUACGUGGGGCUCUGCAGUCCUCAGGUGGGGAUGAAUGAAAACAGCUUUGGGAAGUCUCUGUCCUCAUAUAGCCCUGAUGUAAAAUAUUGGAAUGAGAGGAUGUUCAUAAUUUUUGUGUGCCUUUUUACUAGUUUAGUCUCUUUUAUCGCCGUGCCCCGAACCUUCUUUUUUAUUUAUCAGAAUUUGAAUUUUGUUUAUUCUGCAUUUUAUUGUACUUCACUACAGGUGUGAA